AGGAAGCAAGUGUAUUUUGGAAACAAUGCCGUGUGGGGCUAGCGGCGGCGGCGGCGCCUGAGGUUGCAGCCUGGGGACUUUCCGGCUCCCGCUCUUUCCGCUGGCCGCUCUUGUUGGCGCUGCAGCUGAUCAGAGGAGAGGAGGGGUUGCGGAUCCCCGCCUCGCAAGGCGCACUCUCCAGCUCCUGUCCCUGGUCUCUGGCGGGCGGUUGCUGGCCGCAAAAGCCUCGGCAGCAGCCUGAGUCGCAGUUGGGGCAGCAGGUGUGAGGGUGACCUAAGUAAGAAUGAGAAAGAAUAAACAGAUGUUUGAUCCAGGGUAUGAUGAAGAUGCUGAUGACAGGUGGAAAAGUAGUAUAUAAAUAUAAAUAAAUGUGGGUGCCGUCACCAGAAAGCUCUGCUCUGAACUUCAACAGACUGAACAACGCAAAAAGAAAAGAAGAGGAAUCUGAAGAUUGCAAGAAAUGGAGAUGGUUUGUGACAGGCAGCAACCCCUUAGGUGAAAUGGAGCCUUCUAGCUACCUGGAGGAUGACUUCUCCAACCUGGAUGGACUUGAUGAUGAUGUGUUCCACUCUGAGGACUGUGGACUUGCUGGUCAGCCCAGUGAGAUGACUUUUCCUGGCAUCUUCACACAGAGCAAGCCUUACAACUGCCUGCUGGGGAGAUUCCAGCUCUUCCCACUUACACACUGUUGUGGCCCAGGCACCAGGCCAGCCAAGCAGCAAGACAAGGCAACUCAAACACUCAGUCCAUCCUCUUCCAGCCAGGAUGUCAUGUUGCCUUGUGGGGUCACUGAAGAACCUCAGAGACUCUUCUAUGGGAAUGCUGGGUACCGUUUACAUGUCAACCCAAUUGGUUUCUCAUUGAAUCCACACCUCCAGGAGGAAACUCGGGAAAGUCCACAGGAACUGCGUACUGAAGUUCAGAUUGCACGGAAAUUACAGUGCAUUGCAGACCAGUUCCACAGGCUUCAUCUGCAGAGGCACCAGCAGAACAGAAAUCAGGUCUGGUGGCAGAUCCUUCUCUUCCUCCAUAACAUGGCCCUGAACAUGGAGGCAAACAGACACCGUGCGGGUCGGAGGUGAGACUUGCCCUGCCUGUUCCAGGUCCCAACCAGUCUGAUGGGAACACUGAGCGAUCCAAGGGCAGAAGUGUGCUUGCCACAGGACUGAUGCUUGAUUCCUGUGAAACUGAGGACACUGGCUAUUGUACAAAAAACUUGUUUUGAAAGGUCUCUUCCUUCCUUCCUUCCUUCCUUCCUUCCUUCCUUCCUUCCUUCCUUCCUGGCUCCUGGUCUUCUGAGCUGGGGAGCUUUGGUCCAACACUGUUGAAAAAAAAAUCCUCCAGUAAGUGUUGCUUGCAGUCAAGAUGCAAGUGAGCAAACAGGGGACUGCUAGAGGGAGACUUCGGUUUUAACUGGUGAAGGGUAUGCAGGAUUUUUUAACAUUGGUUGUUGGUUAUAUUCUGAGGCUGAUAAAUUGAAAUGAUUUUUUGGAUAACUUCCAAAUAUGACACACUGGUUUCCUGAUGUGAAAAUCUGUGCAGAAGCAAUUGUGAAAUAGCAGAUAUUUACAGCUGGACAGGCAUAUUGGAUCCUUAUGUUUUAUUCUUGGAGAUAUUGGUGUAAAAAUGGGGUCAAGGCUUGAAUGGUGAUGUAAAAUUCCUGGGACAUUUGAGACCAUGGUAAACAUUAGUUCGCCCUGUCCCAAUUAAAACAAAAACAAAAACUGCAAAACAGACUUGGGGGUGGAUUUGAAAGCUAUGCAAUUCUUUCUUAAACACAAACUUUUUUUACUAGGAAUCACAGGUGCCCUAGGAUUUUUCAGGUCUCUUCCUUCAAAGGCAGAGACAGAUGACCACCUUUGGAGAGGAAGACCCAACCAUGCAAGCCCCUCUCUAUGAGGCUACAGAAAAGUCUUCAGGUGGUACUACGCUCUGCAAAGCAUGAAAGGCAAGCAUUGAUUCCAUGGCAAUUUCCUGGGUGUGCUUGGGUGAUGGGUGGAUCUGCAUGAUCCAAAGUAACUCCCCAGGUACCCAGCAUGCUCCUGGAAUCAUUGGGAGGGGAUUUUUAAAAAAAAGAUAGCUGAAAAAAAUAAAAUAAAAGGGAAACUGCAUGCCCACUCCACUUUCUACCCUCCUGACAUAAGUUGACAGGAUGUUAGAAAAGGUUGCUCUUUCACCUCUGUUCUCCUCUGACCCUGGACCCAGAAUGCCUCAGCCUGAACAGCAAAUGUAUUAAACAGAUACAAUUGUACUGUUAUUGUAUAUUUAUGAAAUGUUAAAGUAUAAGUGCCUUAAUUGUAUUCCAACAAUCAUUACAAAUAUAUCCACCAUGCGAGAUGGAGUGGCAAGA